GAUCAGCAAAAAUCAACCAGACACCACACCAAUAAAUUCAGCCUGCGCCGAAUUUGAAUGCUUUUAUUAGAAACUGACACAUAGUUUGCUUACACAAUGUCGAAUAAAGUUUUCUAAUAAAGUUUUCUAAUAAAACUUUUCUCGCGUAGUUAAAUCGUGUCAAAGAAAGCAAAACAAACUAUGUGUUCACUAGCUAGCUAACAUGUUGUAAGUUGACACCACAUGUUUGCAGGCGUGGACAGGAGAGACCUUUUUAAAAGUGAGGGCAGCCUCCAGCCUCCUUGUUACAGUGUAGUUUACAUUUGGCCAACCUGAGGGCGAUGAACAUCUGGCUCAGAGUGACGUGCGCAUGUCUGUGAGAGGAAAACUGCGGGCGAGAAGAUACUGAGAGGAAACUUUGAUGAAAAGGGAAAUCUGCUGUUUCUGUUAGCGUUAAGGUCUGUCAAAGACGGAUCUUAGCUGAAGCAUGGACAGCGAAGUGGAAGCGAUGAACACCAGUCAUGACGGUCCUCUGAGCCCGAGGCUUCUGACCGGGUUGGGGAUGAACUGUCUUCUUGACCAAAAGUACCGACAUUCUGGGCCCGGCCUCGCCAGUCCUCAGGAGUACAACCAGUGGCUGCCUUAUCGCCAUGAUGCCAGCCUGCUGCCCAUGAAAGAAGACCUGGCCUUCUGGUUCAACACACUAAUGGGUGUGGACCUCGAAGCAGACAGUCUGAUGGAGAAGUUGGAUAACGGCGUUAUCCUCUGUGAGCUUGCACAGCUGCUCCAGGACAAGAUGAUGCGCACCAACAAUGGCAAGCCUUUAAUCAGAAGAGUGAUCCACUGGCGAGCUGAUGCAACUUCUGGAUCAUUCUUCGCCCGAGACAACACUGCCAACUUCCUCUACUGGUGUCGAAAGAUAGGCGUCGAUGAGGCUUACCUUUUUGAGUCAGAGGAUUUGGUGCUCCACAAGCAACCUAGGGAGGUGUGCCUGUGCCUGAUGGAGCUGGGACGGAUUGCAGCCAGGUACGGAGUGGAGCCUCCGGGGCUGGUGAAGUUGGAGAGAGAGAUUGAGAGGGAGGAGGCGGGGUGCUUAUCUCCAUCAUCCCCUCUGCCCCUCUCCUUUUUUCCUGCAUCAUUGUAUUCACCGUCACAUUCAUCCCUACCCCCAGCCCCCUCUCCUGCUCCUGCGCCCCUCACUCCAAGCACAACCUGUCUGUCUGAACCCUUCGCUGCCUCCCUUGCCUCUGAUCUUCCAUCAGCCACAACAAACCCAGUGCCUACAUAUUUAUCCCCUCCUCAGCCCUCCCUCUCAGCCUCUAACCCUUAUACAACCACAGCCUCAACACAAACACCUUUGUUCUCUUCAUCCUGCACCACUAACACAUCUGCUUCAGCUUCACUGUCAGCACCCUCGCCAGGCCGAACACUGGUAUCCACUCCCAAAGUCUCCUCUACCUCAAUAACCAGACACACUCCCACAGCUACAGCGCCCAUCACCUCCCCACCUGCAGCUCCUCGUUCCUCUAGCACAUCCAAAAGCAGGAGGAGCACAGGCACCAACAACAUUUUGGAUGAAAUUGUGAGAAACAUCAUCGAAAACCCCCCCUGCCGCUGUCCUACCACGUUUCUUGUUGAGAAGCAACCUAAAGGCUGCUACCGUGUUGGGGAUAAAGUUCUAUAUAUACGGAUGCUGAAUGAGCGUCAUGUAAUGGUACGUGUAGGCGGAGGCUGGGAGACCUUCUUAAGUUACCUGCAGAAACACGACCCCUGCAAGGGAGGAGGGCCGUCGGGCAGAUCCGAGGUCAGGGUCUGCAGGGACAAAGCGAAGCAACCUACUUUAAACAUGUCACCUGACGGCUACAUGGUGGUUGGUGCCCAUUACCGAGGCAAGAAGUAGACUCUCAAACUGCUCGCUUUUGCUUCUAUUUCUGAAAAUUUGACCCAAUCAGACCAACUUGUACAAGGCCAAUGAUUUAACAUAUAGUUUUAAUAAUCGAUCAAUCUCCUCAGUCACGUUUCAAAAACCAAUGCCGUUCCUCUCUUUUUUGGGGGACAUAUAUGAUUAUCAAACUAAAUAUAUUUGCAUUUUGGACUGAGCGGUGAAUUAAACAAGCAACCUGAAGACAUCGCUGUGGGCUGUGAGACAUUUUCACCAUAGACGAAAUAUGAGAUAGAGAAAUAAUCAGCAUUGAUUAGUAAUGAAAAUAAUUGUUAGUUGCAGCACAGGUUCUUACUGUAUAUAAUAACUUUCAUUUACUCAGAAUCAUCAAAUAUUCUAUCAAGAACGGUUUUAUGUGGCACUGUAUGCGAUAAUGUCACUAUGAGUUAAACUAUACAUUUGUACUGAGAGUUUAGUUUGUAAACAUGAAGCUAUGUGUUUAUGUAUCAUGAUACUGUAGUUUGUAUAUUUGAGCUUUUGUACUUUGUUCCAGCAGCAGUUUGUGUAGUACACGUGGUAUUGUGACUUUUAACAUAUGGAAUUAUUUUUCUGUAUUUUACUAGAUAAAGCCUGUGUUAGUUUCUGUUAAAAAAUAAACUUGCUGUGUUAAAGAUAGACAAUCUAGCACACCCUAAAUUACAGUACAAUUUAAGAAGUAUGCAUCAUAAUUUGUCAUUUAUAUAAUAUACUGGACUAUUAUGGACCUGUAGCAGAGACUGUAUCACCUCAGUCCAGAGGCAAAGACGGGACACAUCAGGUCCUACCUCUAGAUGGCACCAUGUCCUUAGUGAAAAAAAGGCCAAGCCUUGUCGCUUAUCCGCAGGAGGCGCAGUCAACACUGCUGUUACGAUCGUGUCUUAAGUCUCCAUUUAGCUCUUAGUUGGACAGACAAUCUCUUUUCAGUUAAAUAAAUUAAAAUAUCACGUUUCUUACUGUAAUGUUGUACAGAAAAAUACUGUAAAGGGCUAUCCCUUAUGAGAGAAAAUAAUAUUACAGCACUAACUGCAAAUGUUACCAAAUAUAGGUAUUUGCUGUUAAAACCAAUGCAUCUUGGGAAAAUAAACUGCUGCCAGUAUACUGCUGCCAGUAUAUUAUUGUAAAUUCAAUUAAUACAGUAAGAAACUGUAUGUCUAAUUACAGUGAAAUACCAUAACAUUUAAAAACAGUAUGCGUACUGUAAAUAAACAGCAGUCCAGUGGCCAAGCUGCUGCCAGUGUAUUAGUGUAAUUGUAAGGUGAAAGGUUUUACAGUGUACCUCAUGCCCGGAGGAGAGUAAAAAAACACACUGCCGCCUCA